AUGGUGGAUGGAAACAAGGGAGAUAUGCUUUCGUAUACAAUAGACGGACAAGUCUUCAACAUCCAUAUAGACAAUCCCGAAGCUCUGAAUUCCUUCACAAUCCCCCAGUUUAUUGAAUUGGCCGAAUUGUUUAUCAAGGCCCAAGAAGCCGAUACAAGUAUAACACUACUAACAGCAAAAGGGAAGUUUUUCUCUACAGGUGCCAACAUCAAGUACGUUUCGCAAAUCGUCAACAAGUCAAGGCUUGAGUACUACGAGGCCAUCACCUCAAAGAACAUCCUACUAGUACACACCAUUCUCAACCAUUCCAAGUUGAUAGUCGUCGCCCUCAAUGGGCCUGUCAUUGGUUUGACUGCAGCUCUUGUUUGUUUGAUGGACGUGAUAUAUGCCAAAAGAGGGGACGUGUAUAUGCAAUACCCAUUCAGUUCUAUUGGUUUGGUCAAUGAGUGCGGCGUAUCUGCCUCCUUGCCCUACAGAAUUGGUCUCACCAGAUCGCUCGAGGCCGUAUCUCUAGCACGUCGUAUCGAGCUUGAUGAGCUUAUUGCAUCUGGCUUUGUUACCAAGACGUAUGAUGCCGAUUCUGUCGAACUUUUCAAUCAACAAGUCAAGAGAGAUCUUCUUAAAAUGACUGAAAACUUGGCCCCAGAUUCAAUUUCCGCAAACAAGGAAAUGAUCAAAAACCAAUUCCACAAUCAGGUGAUGAAGCAGAUUACUGACGAGUCCAUGUCCGGGCUACAGAGAUGGGUUGAUGAACGGCCACAAUCUGCUUUUGCCAGAAUGGCAACGAGAGUUAAGAGAGGUAAUGGCAAGCUAUAA